CAUUUUAAAGCACAACACUCCAACUUUUUGCAUAACUUUCAAAAUGGAUUUCCUAUAUGCUUCUCUCUUCUCUCUUUUUGUUCUUGUUGUGUCUUACUCCCUUCACUUCUUCCUUUACCAUUCCAAAUUAGCUGAAGAUCAUAAAUUACUUCCAGCCGGUAGAAUCGGGUGGCCUGUAGUCGGAGAAAGUUUCGAGUUUCUUGUCAGUGGAUGGAAAGGUCACCCCGAAAAGUUUAUAUUCGACCGCAUGUCGAAGUUUUCACCUAUAGCUUUUAGGACAUCUCUCAUGCUAGAGAAUGUUGCAGUGUUGUGUGGUGCUCAAGGUAACAAGUUUUUGUUUUCAAAUGAGAAUAAACUUGUACAAGUGUGGUGGCCAUCUUCAGUAGACAAAAUAUUUCCUUCAACUAACAAAACAUACAAGGCACAAACCAUGAAAAUGAGAAAAAUUCUUCCAAAUUUCAUCAAGCCCGAAGCGUUGCAACGGUAUGUCCCAAUUAUGGAUGUCGUGACACAACGACAUUUUGCUGAUGGAUGGGAUGGGAAAGAAGAAAUCGUGACGUAUGAACUCACUAGAAAUUUCGCGUUUACGCUUGCAUGCAAGAUCUUUGUUAGUAUCGAUGAUCUUGAACGGGCUAGAUACUUAUCUUGCCCGUUUGAGAGCAUCGUUACUGGGAUUUUUUCAAUCCCCAUUGAUCUUCCUGGGACCCCCUUUCGAAGAGGGAUCAAUGCUUCCAACUUCAUUAGAAAGGAGCUCAUAGCCAUUGUGAAACAAAGGAAAAUUGAUUUGGAUGAAGGGAAAGCAACACCAACCCAAGACGUAUUGUCACAUAUGAUUCUCUUUAGAGACGAAAAUGGCAAGCUCUUGGAAGAACAUGAUAUCGCGGACAAGAUACUAGCGUUGCUAAUAGGCGGUCAUGAUACCGCGAGCUCGACUUCUGCUUUUAUUGUUAAGUAUCUUGCUGAGUUGCCUGAGAUAUACAAUGGAGUUUACAAAGAACAAAUGGAAAUUGCAAAAUCUAAAGCACCAGGAGAACUGUUGAACUGGGAGGAUUUGUCAAAGAUGAAAUACUCAUGGAGAGUUGCAUGUGAAGUUAUGAGAUUAGUCCCACCGGUUCAAGGUGCUUUUAGGGAAGCCAUUACUGAUUUCAUGUACAAUGGCUACUCUAUCCCCAAGGGCUGGAAGUUAUAUUGGAGUGCAAACUCAACCCACAAAAACCAUGAGUUCUUCCCGGAACCCGAAAAAUUCGACCCAUCAAGAUUCGAAGGAAACGGACCUGCACCUUAUACGUUUGUGCCAUUCGGAGGCGGACCACACAUGUGUCCAGGAAAAGAGUAUGCUCGACUAGAAAUACUUGUGUUCAUGCAUCAUCUUGUACGAAGGUUCAAAUGGGAGAAAAUCAUUCCUGAUGAGCAGAUUGUUUUCAAUCCAAUGCCUAGCCCGGCCAAGGGUCUUCCUAUUCGAAUUUACCCGCAUAAAGUUUGAAGCUGGUGUCAUUCAUAUCGCGCAAAGAAUUGGCGUUGUGCUUAAACUAUGUAAUAAUAGUUGAUUUGAAAAGGUGCUAAAUGGAAUCUCAAUCUGAAAACAUACCACUUUGUUUUGUACUUUGUUUCUUGGUUGAGAUCGUAUAGGUUUCUUCCUGUUUCUUGUAUUUCCUUGCGAUUUAAUAAUAGUGUAUUCAGUUUCAAUCUUA